AUAUUAGCAAGUUAAAUGAGAUUAUAGAAAUUUUAGAGCAGUACAAUUUUCCUGAAGCAAAAUGGUUUAAGUUUGGGUUAAAGCUUGGUCUCCUUUAUCCUACACUGGAAGCUAUUGAUGCUAAUCAUAGAGGAAAUACUUCACGUUGUCUCAUGGAGUGUUUAUCCAAGUGGCUGAGUAAAGCUGAUGAAAAUGUGCAUCCUCCUACUUGGAAGACUUUGGCUAGUGCUCUUAGAAAGUUAGAAGCAAAAGCAGUGGCUGAAAAUAUUGAGAAAACAAUGGUUAGCCAGCUACUACAGCAUUACAGUAGUAGAAUAUCUGGAGCAACACUCUCUGAAGAAUCAGUUGAUCUGUUACAUACAGAAGGACUGAUAUCUGAAGAGACAUUGAGGGAAGUGAAGGGUUGUGGAUACACACUAACAGAUGAUGCAAUGAGAGAAAUAUACACAGCAGUAGCUUAUGAUCAUAACAAAUUGAAAUCAUUUGCUAGCAUAUUAUUAAGAUCAACAGGCACUGUUAGUAUAGCCAAUGACUUAAUGAGAGAUUGUGGUAAGAAACAAUAAUGUUUGAUGAAAUUUAUGUUUCUUUUCAGUGGACGUUAUUGAGGCAGAAAAUUCUACUGGUGACAGUUGUGAUGCACACAAUGUAUCGAGUAUCAUUACACCAAUUUCAGUUGAAGAAUCAAGUGUUAGAGUCACAGGUAAACUAGCUAGUUAUAAUGGCUUUAAUUCUUGUUACAGAAUUUGAGUUCCAAAUUUCAGAGUAUUAUAA